AUGGCCGAGGCCCCCCCGCGCCGCCUCGGCCUGGCCCCCCCGCCUGCAGACGCCCCCCGCGCCGAGCUGGUGGCUCUUACGGCGGUACAAAGCGAGCAGGGCGAGGCGGGCGGGGGCGGCUCCCCGCGCCGCCUGGGCCUCCUGGGCAGCCCCCUGCCUCCGGGUGCACCCCUCCCGGGGCCGGGCUCCGGAUCGGGCUCCGCCUGCGGCCAGCGCUCCUCCGCCGCUCACAAGCGCUACCGCCGCCUGCAGAACUGGGUCUACAACGUGCUGGAACGACCCCGAGGCUGGGCCUUCGUCUACCACGCCUUCAUAUUUUUGCUGGUGUUCAGCUGCCUGGUGUUGUCUGUGCUGUCCACUAUCCAGGAGCACCAGGAACUUGCCAACGAGUGUCUCCUCAUCCUGGAAUUUGUGAUGAUCGUGGUGUUUGGCCUGGAGUACAUCAUCCGUGUCUGGUCGGCUGGGUGCUGCUGCCGCUAUCGAGGAUGGCAGGGCCGCUUCCGCUUUGCCAGAAAACCUUUCUGUGUCAUCGACUUUAUCGUGUUCGUGGCCUCAGUGGCUGUCAUCGCCGCGGGCACGCAGGGCAACAUCUUUGCCACGUCUGCGUUGCGCAGCAUGCGCUUCCUGCAGAUCCUGCGCAUGGUGCGCAUGGACCGCCGCGGGGGCACCUGGAAGCUGCUGGGCUCCGUGGUCUACGCGCACAGCAAGGAGCUGAUCACUGCGUGGUACAUCGGGUUCCUGGUGCUCAUCUUUGCCUCCUUCCUGGUCUAUCUGGCCGAGAAGGACGCCAACUCCGACUUCUCCUCCUACGCUGACUCACUGUGGUGGGGAACGAUUACACUGACGACCAUCGGCUAUGGUGACAAGACGCCUCACACAUGGCUUGGCAGGAUCCUGGCUGCCGGCUUCGCCUUACUAGGCGUCUCCUUCUUUGCCUUGCCUGCUGGCAUCCUGGGCUCUGGCUUUGCCCUGAAGGUGCAGGAACAACACCGGCAGAAGCACUUCGAGAAGCGCAGGAUGCCAGCGGCCAACCUCAUCCAGGCUGCAUGGCGCCUGUACUCUACUGACAUGAGCCGCGCCUACCUGACGGCCACCUGGUACUACUACGACAGUAUUCUCCCCUCCUUCAGAGAGCUGGCCCUCUUGUUUGAGCACGUGCAACGGGCCCGCAAUGGGGGCCUACGGCCCCUGGAGGUGCGGCGGGCGCCGGUACCUGAUGGAGCGCCCUCCCGUUACCCGCCCGUUGCCACCUGCCACCGGCCGGGCAGCACCUCCUUCUGCCCUGGGGAAAGCAGCCGGAUGGGCCUCAAAGACCGCAUCUGCAUAGGCAGCUCCCAGCGACGGACGGCCCCCUCCAAGCAGCACCUGGCUCCACCUCCAAUGGCCACCUCGCCGAGCAGUGAGCAGAUGGGCGAGGCCAGUAGCCCCACCAAGGUCCAGAAGAGCUGGAGCUUCAAUGACCGCACCCGCUUCCGGGCCUCUCUGAGACUCAAACCCCGCUCGUCUGCUGAGGAGGGCCCCUCCGAGGAAGUGGCGGAAGAGAAGAGCUACCAGUGCGAGCUCACCGUGGAUGAUGUCAUGCCCGCUGUGAAGACGGUCAUCCGCUCUGUCAGGAUCCUGAAGUUCCUGGUGGCCAAAAGGAAAUUCAAGGAGACGCUGCGACCUUACGACGUGCAGGACGUCAUCGAACAGUACUCGGCAGGGCACCUGGACAUGCUGGGCCGCAUCAAGAGCCUGCAGGCUCGGGUGGACCAGAUUGUAGGCAGGAGCCCUGGGGACCGGAAGGCCCGGGAGAAGGGCGACAAGGGGCCCUCAGACACGGAGGCGGCGGAUGAAAUUAGUCUGAUGGGACGCGUGGUCAAGGUGGAGAAGCAGGUGCAGUCCAUCGAGCGCAAGCUGGACGUUCUAUUGGGCUUUUACUCGCGAUACCUGCGCUCUGGCACCUCGACCAGCCUGGGCACCGUUCAAGUGCCGCUUUUAGACCCCGACAUCACUUCGGACUACCACAGCCCUGUGGACCACGAGGACAUCUCCGUUUCCGCACAGACGCUCAGCAUCUCCCGCUCGGUCAGCACCAACAUGGACUGAGGGGCUUCUCAGAGUCGGACCGCACUCCGCCAGCCCCGGGCCUGGCGCUCGGACCCGCCCUCUGAGGCCUCCGGACUCUUCUCUUACUUGAACUCGCUCCCUCGCGGGGAGAGAGGCCACGUGCAGUAUUGAGCUGCCUGGGUGGGCGAGAUACCCGCUGUGGAUGCCAGCGGCCCGCCCCACCGCAGGAGCGUGAGAUGCCAGGCCGCACGGAGGGCAGCAGCAGCGCUGCCCCGCGAUCUCUGGGCCCCCCAGUGCCCUGCCCGUUCCAACAAGGCUCAGCCGGCCCGCCUGUCAGGGGCACUGCCCCGGGGAGUGGGAGCGGGUCGCUGAGGCUCUGGGCCCUGAACCAGCUUCCAGCUAUGCAAGGUGAGGUCUUUGGCCCGCCCUUCGGACAGAGCAGGGAAGCCCUCCCGCCAAGUCCCUGCCCCCUUGGGGGUGGGCCCAAGGUGCCCUCACAGGUACCCAACAAGCACAGAUCUCUGCCAUAAGGCAGGUGGGCACCAUAUAUGCAAACUAUGUUAAAUAUGCAACUUUGGAGACCCCUAUGGGGUCCCUCUGCUCAUCCCCUAUUGGGAGAUGGGCUCCCAGCAGUAGCUGGUUUCAGGCUGCUUGGCCAUGAUCCCCAUUUCCACUCUGGCUUAUCACCUCUCCUCAACCAGCAUGGGGCCUGUUUCUCCCUUGCCUCCCCCAAGAGCAGUGCCUGGGCCUUUCUUCACUUUUCCAGUGUCCCCUCCCAGGAGCUCCCUCUUCCUCCUCUUUGGCCCUCCAUUCACAUUUGACAGCACAAGUUUCUGUGUUCUCCCCCAAAGCCUCCCACAGACAAUGCUUCCAUGUUAUGCAAGCAAGUCCCUUUAGUUUCCCUGUGCCUGCAGAAAGUCUCUCACUCACACCGACGCACGCAGUCACACACUCGGAGACAUGAGCACAGAGCCGCUUAGCCUUU